AUGGCCAUCAGUACACCACCUGGAGAUAUGGAGGAAUACAGACGACCUGAAGCUUCCAGCUCUGCAAGUCAUAAUGAUUCGGAGUCCUUCAUGCGCACCAUGUUGUUAGAAAUGGAGGAGCAUUCAGCGUUUCCACAAUCUUGUAAAAAGUGCCAAUUACCGAAACCAGAAAGAGCACAUCAUUGCAGUGUUUGUAAUACAUGCAUUUUAAGAUUCGAUCACCAUUGUCCAUGGAUUCAUAACUGUGUUGGGCAUUUCAACCAUCGCUAUUUUGUAUUGUUCAUGACAUAUCUGAUCUUUGCAGCCGGCUAUUUUGCAGUGUUUGGAUGGAGGCCCUUUAUGUUGUGUUUGGAUUUCACUCAAAUGGAUUGGCCAUACUACUUUCCUAGACCACUGAUGGCCUUUUCCAUGAUUCUAGCUAUCUGUAUGGGGUUGGCUAUAGGAGCCUUGUGCAUUUGGCACUACUAUCUGAUAUUUACAGCUCAGACAACUGUCGAAUUCUACAACAACUAUUAUGAUAAGGGCGUAUGCAAAUCCCAAGGAGAGAUCUUUGUCAAUAUGUAUAAUUUUGGGCCGUUAGAGAAUUUCAAACGCUUUUUCAAUAUUUGCGAUCAAUACCCUUGGUACACCAUCUUUUUCCCAAUCCCUAUACCACCAAAGGGAACUGGCCGUGUGUUUGAAAAAUGUCAAGAGUUUUACAUGUUACCUGAAUCAAGACAAAGAGCACAUGUCAUUGCUCAACAGGAAAGCCAAGAUAUUGAAGACAUCAAAGAUAUUUAA